AUGCGCAUCCUCGCGGUUGCAGCCUGCGCCUCGGCCCUGCUGGCCCCGCGCCCGCACCUCCGGCCGCCGAGCGCCGUGCGCGUCAUCGAGACCGCGCCAACAACCACGGCGCCCGUCGCGCUCCCCGGCGCCCCGGAGCGGUGGAAGAAGGCGACGAAGCAGCUCGCGACGCUCGGCCCGGCGUCGAGUACGCUGGCCAUGAUCGAGAAGCUCUUCCUCGCCGGCGUCGACGUCUUCCGCCUCAACUUCAGCCACGGCGCCCACGAGGAGAAGGCCGAGCUCGUCAAGCUCAUCCGGCAGGUCGAGGCGAAAUACGGCCACCCGAUCGCGAUCCUCGCCGACCUCCAGGGCCCGAAGCUGCGCGUGGGCGUCUUCGGCCAGGACAAGGUGCUCCUCAGCGCGGGCCAGAAGUUCCGGUUCGACCUCGACGACGAGCCGGGCGACGCGGGGCGCGUCAAGCUCCCGCACCCGGAGAUCAUCGCGACCUUGGCCAAGGGCGACACGCUCCUCAUCGACGACGGCAAGCUCCGCAUGACCGUGGAGAAGAGCGGCGACGAGUUCGUCGAGUGCGUCGUCGACGUCGGCGGCGCCAUCAGCGACCGCAAGGGCGUGAACACGCCGUCCGUCGUCCUGCCCAUCUCGCCGCUGACGCCCAAGGACCGCGCGGACCUCGCCUUCGCGCUCACGCAGUCCAUCGACUGGGUCGCCCUCAGCUUCGUCCAGCAGCCCAAGGACGUCGCCGAGCUCCGACAGCUCGUCAAGGCCUCGGCGCGGCCCGACGUGAGCAUCAUGGCCAAGCUCGAGAAGCCCGCGGCCGUCGCCGACGGGUCGCUCGAGGCCAUCGUGGAUCUGUGCGACGGCAUCAUGGUCGCCCGCGGCGACCUGGGCGUGGAGAUGAACCCGGAGGACGUGCCCAUCAUCCAGAAGAAGAUCAUCAAGUGCUGCCGCGAUCGCGGCACGCCGGUGGUCGUCGCGACGCAGAUGCUCGAGUCGAUGAUCGACGCGCCGACGCCGACGCGCGCGGAGUGCUCCGACAUCGCCACGGCCAUCUACGACGGCGCCGACGCCGUCAUGCUCAGCGCCGAGUCCGCCGCGGGCCUCUACCCGGAGGAGGCCGUGACGAUGCAGCGCCGCGUCAUCUCGCGCGUCGAGGCCGACGAGUUGUACCGCGCGCGCAACGACGCGGAUGUGGCCGCGCCGGAGAAGACGGCGACGGACGCCAUCACGGCGGCGGCGCGGUCCGUGGCGCUGACGAUCGGGGCCAAGUGCAUGGUCGUCUUCACGAGCCUCGGCACGACGGUGCGCCGCGCGGCCAAGGGCCGGCCGCCCGUGCCCAUCCUCGCGCUCACGCCCUCCGAGGACACGGCGCGCGCGCUCGCGCUGACCUGGGGCGUCUACAGCCGCGUCGACGACUACUUCGGCGAGGACGUCGAGUUCAACGACGUGCUCAAGAAGGCCGUCGGCACGGCCAAGGACGUCGGCUUCCUCGACGACGACCUCGACGUCGCCGUCGUCACCGCGGGCCUGCCCUGGGGCACGCCCGGCGCGUCCAACGUGCUCCGCGUCGUCCCCGCGGCCGGGCCGGACAACUGGCCCGACGUCCUCUGCUACCCGGAGACGGAGGAGUGCACGGACGCCCUCUAG